GAAACUUCCCGACUUUUCAUUCAUAGGAAGAGUCUAGACUCCAAAAUUUAAAUUUAGUUGAAUGUGGUAUAAUUUCACUGGAAUUUUGCUAUAUAUACACUACAACUACGACCUUCUCGGUAAGUAUCAGAGAUUCCGAGCCUCUUUGAAUCUUGUCAGUUGCUAGAGUGUUCUCUUUCCCUUUUAGACCUAGUUACUAGAUUUCAAAAUUUGAGCUAUUUUGCCUACACCAGUAGAGUUCUGUAGAAAAUGGCUCCUGAGGUUCCACCCGAGGUUUUUGGAGAAAAGGCUGUGACCCUGCGCGGUGGAUAUUCCAAACGCGCGUAUGUGACUUUUCUUGCAGGGACUGGAGAUUAUGUUAAAGGAGUGGUCGGGCUCAUGAAGGGCCUGCGCAAAGUGGGAAGCAUAUAUCCUUUGAUUGUUGCGGUUCUGCCAGAUGUCCCUGCUGAGCAUAGAAGAAUUCUGAGUGAUCAGGGGUGUAUUGUGAGAGAGAUUGAGCCAAUUUAUCCUCCGGAGAAUCAAGUCCAGUUCGCCAUGGCCUAUUAUGUCAUCAAUUAUUCAAAGCUUCGGAUUUGGGAGUUUGAAGAAUACAGCAAAAUGAUCUAUCUGGAUGCCGAUAUUCAAGUUUAUGAUAAUAUUGAUCAUCUUUUUUAUCUGACGGACGGCCAUUUCUUUGCAGUAAUGGAUUGCUUCUGUGAAAAGACAUGGAGUCAUACUGAUCAGUUUAAGAUUGGCUAUUGCCAGCAGUGGCCUUGUGAAUUAGGGCAGCCCCCUGCUCUGUAUUUUAAUGCCGGUAUGUUCGUAUUUGAGCCGAGUAAAUUGACCUACGACACCCUGCUUCACACCCUGAAAAUCACCCCUCCCACUCCUUUUGCCGAGCAGGACUUCUUGAACAUGUUUUUCCAGAAGAUGUACAAGCCUAUUCCCCUAAUUUAUAACCUGGUCUUGGCUAUGUUAUGGCGCCAUCCAGAAAAUGUGGAGCUGGAUAAAGUAAAAGUCGUCCACUAUUGCGCAGCUGGAUCGAAGCCGUGGAGGUACACAGGGAAAGAGGAGAACAUGCAGAGAGAAGAUAUAAAGAUGCUGAUCAACAAAUGGUGGGAGAUAUACAAUGAUCCAUCAUUGGACUUCAGCCGGGCGGAUGUGAUUCCAAAUGCGCAAAUUCUGUCUAGUUUGCAACAAGUGACAGAGAAUUCUUUGUUGGCUGCCAUUACUCCAAUGACCCCUGCUUUAAGUUCUCUUCCGCCUGCUGCGUAAUUGCCUUAGACUAUCAAAUGUUUCUAUAUUUCUGAUGGAAUACCUCUAUGUUCGUAUAUACAUGCACCAUUUUAUGAUCUGUAAACCAAAAAUUUUAAGCUUAUUUUGAAGAUUUUGCAAAUAGAUCAAUCUUUACAAUUCGGCA